GAUCAAAUAAAAUAAAUAUUCAAAAUGUAUUACUCCGCUUGGAUUUUCUAAUAACCACUCUUUGUGAGCAGUGUUGUCCUUAUCAUGCUGCUAUGUUUUAUGCACUUUCAACAGGUCAUUUGGGUAUGCACCAGGGGCGGACUGACCAUUUGGAAACCCGGGCACUGCCCGAGGGCCCCGGGGUCAGUAGGGGGCCCCAUGAGAUGCCCCUGGUACCUUUUUCAUAGGCUUUUUUGAGUUUGGGCAAGGACACACAGGGGCCCCAUGAUCUCCUAUUGCCCGGGGGCCCCAUGAGUUGUCAGUCCGCCCCUGGUAUGCA